AUGAACACCAUUGUGUUUAACAAACUGAGCAGCCAGGUCCUGUUUGAGGAGAAGGCGAAAGAGGUGGAGAUGAGCAGCAGAAAUUAUCUAGAAGUCAUCGACGGGCAACAUCCAGACCUCCUCUCCAGCAACCAGACCAUCAGAGACAACCAGGCCAUCAGACACAGGAGGAGCGGGGGUCGUCCCAGCGGCAGCAAAGUGCGACACAAGCGCCAGGCCUUGCAGGACAUGGCGCGGCCGCUCAAGCAGUGGCUCUACAAACACAGAGACAACCCCUACCCCACCAAGACCGAGAAGAUCCUGCUGGCCCUCGGCUCGCAAAUGACCCUGGUCCAGGUCUCCAACUGGUUCGCCAAUGCCAGGAGGCGACUGAAGAACACGGUGAGGCAGCCCGACCUGAGCUGGGCGCUCAGGAUCAAGCUCUACAACAAGUAUGUCCAGGGCAACGCGGAGAGGCUGAGCGUCAGCAGCGAGGACAGCUGCUCAGACGACGGGGACAACCCUCAGAGGACACAAAGCGGCCCCGAGGAGCUCAACAAGCCCAUGUACCAGAGCGUGAUCAAGAAGGAGGGCUCCUCCAUGGUGGGCAUGGGCAUGGGCAUGGGCAUGGGGAUGGCCAUGGGCAUGGGCAUGGGCAUGGGAGCGGGUCUGCGCUCGGCCGCCUCGCUGGCCGAGGACUACGUGUCUCCGCCCAAGUACAAGAGCAGCCUGCUGCACCGCUACCUGAACGACUCGCUGCGCCACGUCAUGGUGGCCAACGCCGUCAUGGACGCCCGCAAGAGGAACCACUCCGGCUCCUUCAGCUCCAACGAGUACGACGACGAGCUGCUCUCGCCGUCCUCCUCUGAGGCGGAGGCGAACUUUGUUUAUCGGGCUGACUCACUGGAUAACGGCCGAGGCAAAGAAAGGUCAGCGAGGAGUCAGCGAGCGAAGGGCAAAGACGAGACGUAUUGGAGGGAGAUCAACGCCGCCAUGGCCUUGACCAACUUGGCGCAGGGGAAGGACAGCGCCUCCGGCACCACCAGCUGCAUCAUCCAGAAGUCCUCCCAUAUAGCAGAGAUCAAGACUGUUAAAGUGCCGCUGAUGCAGAAGUAUUAGCCCCGACG